GCGAAAGCGAAUGCGACUCGCGGGGCGGCCAGUGCGGGGAGCAACGCCGGCCGCCUCCUGCGGGACCCUCGCGCAUCCGCGGGCGCGGGCGGCGGGGUGGCCCGGCCGCUGCGAGCCCGGGAGGUGGCCGGCGGGAGCGUCCGGCCAUGGCCCGGCGGCGGCUCCGGGGCUGCCGGGUCAGCGCCCUCCCCGCGCUGCUGCUGCUGCUGCUGCUCCGGCCGCCGGUGACUCCGGGUAUCACAUGCCCUACUCCCACGUCUGUUGAACAUGCGGACAUCCGGGUCAAGAGUUACAACCUGAGCUCCAAGGAGCGGUAUAUUUGUAACUCUGGUUUCAAGCGUAAAGCCGGGACAUCCAGCCUGACUGAGUGUGUGCUUAACGAGACCACGAACCUUGCCCACUGGACAACUCCCAAUCUCAAGUGCAUCAGAGACCCCUCCCUGACUCGCCAAAGGCCACCCUCCACAGUAGUGCCGGCAGGGGUGACCCCAGAGCCACAGAGCCCCUCCCCUUCUGGAAAAGAGCCAGCUUCCACUUCCAAGUCAGACACCACAGUGGCCACAAAGCCAGCUAUUACCCCAGGCUCCAGGCUGAUGCCAUCAAAAUCUCCUUCUGCAGCCACCACAGGGGUAGUCAGUCAUGAGCCCUCCCAGGCCCCAUCUCAGACAACAGCCUUGGAACACACUCCCUCCGUCGCCUCGCGAGAGACGCCAGGUGUACAUCAGUAUAGUUCCAGAGUUGUGACUGCGGCUGUCUCCAUACCUGUCGCCCUCCUUUUUGGAUGUGCAGUAUUUCUUCUGGUACGUUGCAGAAUAUCAAGGCCAACUCCCCAGACAGCCAGUGUUGAAAUGGAAAACAUGGAAGAUGCGCCAAUGACCAGGGGAACCAGCGGCAGAGAAGAGGACACAUAAACCAUCCACAUGACCAAGGAAACUCCAGGGGACAACCGAGGCCAGCAAAGGCUGGGGUGAAGGCACCAACCCUGCUCUAGCUAAAGAGGACCUAGAAAAGACUCAAGGAGUUGGGCGCCAGGGAACAGCCCACAGGCUGAUAAGACGUCCUGGAAUCAUUUUAUCAACUGUGCCCAGCCUGGGCACCGCCUGCAUGAGCAGGCUUUCCAGGCUCGGGAUGGAUGCUGGCUGCCUGCCCUGCCUGCCUUCCGCAGGUGCAGGGCUCAGUUCCCAAAGUCACAGCACAUGAAGCUUUCCCGGGAGGGGCUGAAGGCCCCAAGUCUUCCCAUCAGGGCUCUUAUUUCAUUAUGACAUCAAUUCUGGAUAGCUUAUCUGCUUGACUAUCCCUUCCAGGCCUUAUCCUGACUUACAGUUGACAAAGAAAAGAAAUGUACCUGAGGCUUUAAGUGAACUACGAGGCUCCUCCUGGCUUGGGAGAUGUCCACAAGGAUGACACCAGCAUUUCAGCUCCUAAAAACACUCUGCAGUUAGGUGCUCUGCCUGCAUUCAAAGGGAGCAAAGACAUAUUGCGCCCAUGAAUCCUCUUGAUGUAAGGAUUCAGAAAGAAGAAAACUGAACUCUGACGUUUCUCUAUAGACAUGCAUUUAUAUUUAUACUUCCUUGUCUAUUAUAUCUGCAUAUUAUAUGAUUUAUAUUUUGAAUUGUGCCUUGUAUAAACAAAAUAAAAUGUCUAUUUUCAAUAUAAAAAAAUGCACUGAAAGAAUCGCUGAGGAGAAAUGUAAGCACAAAGAGAAAAGGAGGAGAAAGAGUAGGAAUGCUGAGUCCCAAAUGGUUGAGCUCAGCUUUUCUUUCUAAAAAGAGAAAAAAAACUUGCCUGAAGCUAGAUUGGAUCACAGCUUCAGAGAAUUUCUAAUAGGGUCUCCAUGUGAGAAGCUACAAGUGGCAGGUUAUGGCCCAGGUACGCCAUACCUGGUACACACACUGUCUCUUUCCCUGCAUUGUUCUUCUCUUUCCUUCUUUGAUGUUUAUAACAUUUACUUCUAAAUUCAUGGGCCUAAUCCCACCUCCUCAUUUUAUAGAUGAGAAAAUUGAGGCCUAGAGAAGUUGACUUGCCCGAGACCACAUGGCUCAAUUAGUGCCAGAGUUUGAACAGAAUUUUGAGGAGGGUGGGUAGGAACGGAGCAGUCCUGACCAUAGACCAGCUAUCAGCUGCCCUGUCACACAGCCAGGGGUAGCCAGGUGGUCAUCACAAGCAUUUGGGAAGUGGGGCAUGGGCAUAGCAACUGAGUCACAUGCUGCCAGAAACUCUCAAUGUGCCAUUUCUUAUUAACUUCUUCAUGUCAUCAAUUUAGAUGGUUUCAUGAAAAGCAAAGGAAGGGUAGGAAUUUAAAACGGCUGGUGGGGGCCGGCCCAGUGGCACGGCGGUUAAGUUUGCAUGUU